AUGGUGGUGGGCUCUGCUGCUGCUCGGAACAUGCUGCUGCGAGCCGCCUGGAGGCGGGCGGCGUCGGCGGCCACCGCGGUCGCCUGUCCGAGGGCCUCGGCGCCCACCCGGGGACUGCGCCUGCGCGUUGUAGACCAUGCUCCCCAGUCAGCUGCUUCCUCAGAGGGAGAGGCAGUGCUGCGACCGCUCUACAUGGAUGUGCAGGCUACAACUCCUCUGGAUCCCAGGGUGCUUGAUGCCAUGCUCCCAUACCUUGUCAACUACUACGGGAACCCGCAUUCUCGGACUCAUGCGUAUGGCUGGGAGAGUGAGGCAGCCAUGGAACAUGCUCGCCAGCAAGUAGCAUCCCUGAUUGGAGCUGAUCCUCGGGAGAUCAUUUUCACUAGUGGAGCUACUGAAUCCAACAACAUAGCGAUUAAGGGAGUGGCCAGGUUCUACAGGUCAAGAAAAAAGCACCUGGUCACCACGCAGACCGAACACAAAUGUGUGCUGGACUCCUGCCGCUCGCUGGAAGCCGAGGGCUUUCGGGUCACUUACCUCCCUGUGCAGAAGACUGGGAUCAUUGACUUAAAGGAACUGGAGGCUGCCAUCCAACCAGACACCAGCCUGGUCUCCGUUAUGGCAGUGAACAAUGAGAUUGGAGUAAAGCAGCCGAUUGCAGAAAUAGGGCAGAUCUGCAGUUCCAGAAAGGUAUACUUCCAUACGGAUGCAGCCCAAGCUGUGGGCAAAAUCCCUCUUGAUGUCAACGACAUGAAAAUUGACCUCAUGAGCAUCAGCGGCCACAAAAUCUAUGGCCCUAAAGGGGUUGGUGCUAUCUAUAUCCGCCGUAGGCCCCGGGUACGAGUGGAGGCCCUACAGAGUGGAGGCGGGCAGGAGCGGGGUAUGCGGUCUGGGACAGUGCCUACACCUUUGGUGGUGGGGCUGGGAGCUGCAUGUGAGUUGGCCCAACAAGAGAUGGAGUAUGACCAUAAGCGGAUCUCCAGGUUAGCGGAGCGGCUGAUUGAGAAGAUAAUGAAGAGCCUUCCAGAUGUGGUGAUGAACGGGGACCCUAAACAGCACUACCCUGGCUGUGUCAACCUCUCUUUUGCGUAUGUGGAAGGGGAGAGCCUGCUGAUGGCACUCAAGGAUGUUGCCUUGUCCUCAGGGAGUGCCUGCACUUCUGCAUCACUGGAGCCCUCUUAUGUCCUCAGAGCAAUUGGCACUGAUGAGGAUUUAGCACACUCCUCCAUCAGGUUUGGCAUUGGCCGCUUCACGACAGAAGAGGAAGUGGACUACACUGUGGAGAAGUGCAUUCACCACGUGAAACGUCUCCGAGAAAUGAGUCCUCUCUGGGAGAUGGUGCAGGAUGGCAUUGACCUCAAGAGCAUCAAGUGGACCCAACAUUAGAAGAGCGGGCCCGUGAGUCUGGGCUGUCCUGGCCGCCCCUGCCUCACCGAUCCGGGCACAGCCAGGAACCUUGCUCCCUGCAGUGGGUGGUCCAUGGUCAAACAAGAGUUGGAACAGCCCAGUUGACUUCACCUCAGAACAUUUUCAAGUGAGAUGUU